GUGACGGUUGGGUGCACAAGGCCUUGAACCUGGGCUCUCGUGUCCAUCUGGUGGAGGAGCUGCAGGUUUUUGAACCAGCACAACCCGUGGAGAGCCUGGUCCUGGCCGGGCGGAAGAAGCUGCUCUUCGCUGGCUCCCGUUUCCAGGUGGCCCAGUUGCCCCUGGCCGACUGCGGCCGUUACCAGUCGUGCACGGACUGUGUCCUGGCCCGGGAUCCCUACUGCGCCUGGAGCCGCAACGCCAGCCUCUGCGUCCGCACCGACGGCCUCAAUGGGUCCCAGCUGGUCCAGGACGUUCUGAGCUCCGACACCCGUGCCUGCACCCUCCCCCAGGUGGCCAAGCAAGGACCCAUCACCCCCAAAAACGUGACGGUGGUGGCCGGCACCGACCUGGUGUUGACUUGUCGCUUGGGUUCCAACCUGGCCCAGGCUCUGUGGACCUUUGAAGGCCGGGCUCUGGUGGCCCAACAGGCUCUGGUCCUACAAGAUGCCCGUUUACGGGCUCUGGUGGUCCCGGGGGCCGGUGCCCAACACAGCGGCACGUACCGUUGUUUUUCGGAGGAGCAAGGUGCCCGUUUGGGUGGUGAGGUGUACCAGGUGGCCGUUUUGGCGGGGAACGUGGUGCCCAUGGAGACACGGGCACCUUUGGAGAGUUUGGGGCUGGUGUGGGUGGUGGCCGUUUGCUUGGGCGCCCUGUGCUUGGUGUUGCUCUUGGUGGUGCUCUCCCUUUGGCGACGUUUACGGGAGGAACUGGGCAAAGGGAGCAAAGCCAUCGAGAGCACCUUGGUGUAUCCCAUCGAGUUGCCCAAGGAACCCCCCAGCCCCCGUUUCGUCCCCAGCGCCGCUUCCGAUUCGGAUGAGAAACUUUGGGAUCCGGCCAGUUAUUAUUAUUCCGACGGUUCCCUCAAAAUCGUGCCGGGGCACGCCGCUUGUCGCAACGGUGGGCCACCACUUGCCACCUCCCCCCCUGCCCCCAUCCCCGGGCAACCUCUCCAUUCUCCAACCCGUAUCCACUUGGGUCCAUUGAGGGGUUCUUCUUCCAACGGGUACAUCCGCCUGGCGCUGGGUGCCGAGGAGCGCCCACCCUGCGCCGAUUUAGCCGAGGAGCUGCGCCGCAAACUCCAGCAGCGCCAACCUCUGCCCGAUUCCAACCCCGAGGAGUCCUCGGUCUGAGCUUCCUCCCAUCCUCCCCACCACCA